AUCACAUGACUGGAAGUGUAGGAUCUGACUCCAGCUGGGAGAGAGAGAGAGAGAGAGAGAGCAGAGGAACGGAGCAAUACACGCGUUCAAAACACUCGCGUUUCCACGUCCCUCUACCCUGAAAACUAUUGCACUGGUUUCUCGAAACUUUGAAAGCUUUUUAUACAAUUGCUGUUUAUAUAUCAAACAAGGAUAUUUGGGCAGCGUCAUGGGAAUUGGGAAGUUUACCGGCUGCGCUGUGGAAUAGCCCAAGUCGUGGAUCCGAUGUGUCUUCUUCAGAAUCAGGAAGAAAUACGAGCUUACUUGGAGAGAAGUGAAGAGGUUUAACUUCUUACUGACUUUUCCCCCGUUUUGCUCUCUUGAGUUUGAUUCAAAGUUAUUAAGAGGCAAGAUGGCGGCCGAUCCCGUGCAGGGUGAUACUCGGGGUCAGAUGGUCUCAGAACGUCUUGGUCUUGGCCAAAAUCUGGACCUCUCGGAUACCAUGGUCCAACAAAAGCUGGAUGAGAUCAAGGACCAGAUAAAACGAGAGAUCCGCAAAGAGCUCAAGAUCAAAGAAGGAGCUGAGAACUUGAGGAAGGUGACCACAGAUAAGAAGAGUCUGGCUUAUGUGGACAACAUGCUUAAAAAGUCCAACAAGAAGGUGGAAGAACUGCACCAGGACCUUCAGGAACUGAAUGCACACAUAGUGGUGAAGGACCCAGAGGAGGUUGCAGAGUACCCACUAACCCCAGACACCCCCAAGAGCGAAGCUCGGACGUCCACCAACAGUGGCAGACUGGCUGCUCUGAAGAAACAAGCCGACAUCGAGCUUAAAGUGAAACAGGGAGCGGAAAAUAUGAUUCAGAUGUAUUCCAACGGCUCUUCCAAGGACCGCAAACUGCUCGCAGCAGCUCAACAGAUGCUUCAAGACAGCAAGACAAAGAUAGAGUUCAUUCGAAUGCAGAUUCUCAAAGCCAGCCAGACCAGCGAGAUGAACUAUGAGGACAAUGACAUGACUUCAAGUAAGCCUAUAAUCAGUCCUCUGGACCUGAGGAUAGAAGAGCUCCGACAUCACUUCCGGAUAGAGUCUGCUGUGGCAGAAGGUGCUAAGAAUGUGAUGAAACUGCUGGGAACAGGGAAGGUGACGGAGAAGAAAGCUCAUUCAGAGGCUCAAGCCCGCUUGAACGAGUCCAGUCAGAAGCUAGACCUGCUGAAGUUCUCUCUGGAGCAGAGACUCAGUGAGCUGCCCAAAAGUCACGCGAAGAGCAACCUGAUUAUGGAGGAGUUAGCAAUGGUGUCUUCCCCAACUCUCAGUCCCCGCCAAAGCAUCAUGUCCAACAGCAACAAGUACAGCACUGUGGCCAAACCCGCUGCUCUGACCGGCACAUUAGACGUGAGGCUCAUGGGCUGUCAGGACCUCCUGGAGAACGUCCCAGGUCGCUCUAAAACAGCAUCUGUUCCUCUGCCCGGCUGGAGCCCCGGUGAGGCACGGUCCUCAUUUAUGACCCGAGGCAACAAGAUCAAGUCUGGCAGCAGCCGAACCCUCUCCAAGUCAGAUGAUCUAUCCAAUGAAAUCAGUGCCGUUCUGAAGCUGGACAACACAGUUGUGGGACAGACCCAUUGGAAGCCAGUUAGCAACCAGUCUUGGGACCAGAAGUUCACGCUGGAACUUGACAGGUCUCGUGAGCUGGAGAUAGCUGUGUACUGGAGAGACUGGCGCUCGCUGUGUGCUGUUAAGUUUUUGCGGCUGGAGGACUUCCUGGACAACCAGCGUCAUGGCAUGUGCCUUUACCUGGAACCUCAAGGAACACUGUUUGCUGAGGUUACAUUUUUUAACCCAGUUAUUGAGAGGCGACCUAAACUACAAAGGCAAAAGAAAAUCUUCUCCAAACAGCAAGGAAAAACAUUCUUGCGUGCCCCUCAGAUGAACAUCAACAUCGCCACCUGGGGCAGGUUGAUGAGAAGAGCCAUUCCGUCAGUCAAUUCCUCAUUCAGUCCUCAGGCGGCUGAUCUGGGCUCAGCAUUGAGCCCUGAAACAGUACCCAUCGGCCACCCAGACGCCCACUUCCUACCCAGUGACCCCACUGUGACUAAAUUAGAUUUUGACAAACCAGCAACCCCUCACUCAAAACGGCACUCCAUCGAAGUGGAACCUUCAUCACCAGAUAAGACCGCAGAUGGAAAAGAGGUGCAGGAUGCCCUAGCGACCUUUGACUUCCUGAACAACACAGUAGCUAAACCAGAUUAUAACAGUCUGGUUGAAAAUGAGCAGCAUGACCUGGAACUGACCGAAGUUCAACGAAAAACUGAAAGGGAAGAAGAGGAAGUUCAAUUCAGUGUGACAGACUUCAAAUGUGUAGCUGUUCUGGGGCGUGGCCACUUUGGAAAGGUUUUACUUGCGGAGUACAAGACCACUGGAGAAAUGUUUGCUAUUAAAGCUUUGAAGAAAGGUGACAUUGUUGCAAGGGAUGAAGUAGACAGCCUCAUGUGUGAGAAGAGGAUCUUUGAGACGGUGAACAGUGUUCGGCAUCCGUUCCUGGUGAACCUCUUCGCUUGUUUCCAAACCAAGGAGCAUGUGUGUUUUGUCAUGGAAUACGCAGCAGGAGGAGACCUGAUGAUGCACAUUCAUGCAGACGUGUUCUCUGAGCGGCGCUCCAUUUUCUAUGCUGCUUGUGUAGUCUCGGGGCUGCAAUUUCUGCAUGACCAUAAAAUAGUAUACAGGGAUUUGAAGCUAGAUAACCUUUUGCUGGAUACUGAGGGAUAUGUCAAGAUUGCAGAUUUUGGUCUCUGCAAAGAAGGAAUGGGCUUCAGAGAUCGCACUAGUACAUUCUGUGGAACUCCUGAGUUCUUAGCUCCAGAAGUUUUAACCGAGACUUCGUACACAAGAGCGGUGGACUGGUGGGGUCUGGGAGUUCUCAUCUUUGAGAUGUUGGUUGGAGAGUCCCCGUUCCCUGGUGAUGAUGAAGAGGAGGUGUUUGACAGUAUUGUUAACGAUGAAGUUCGCUAUCCAAAGUUCCUCUCCACAGAAGCCAUUUCCAUAAUGAGAAGGUUAUUAAGGAGAAAUCCAGAGCGGCGUCUCGGCGCUGGGGAACGAGAUGCAGAGGAAGUAAAGAGUCAUCCGUUUUUCAGAGAUAUGGAUUGGGCUGCACUGCUGGCAAAGAAGAUCCCGCCUCCAUUUUUGCCAACUAUCAAAGGCCGUGAAGAUGUUAGUAACUUUGACGAUGAAUUCACCUCAGAGGCACCUAUAUUGACUCCGCCUCGUGAGCCGAGGGUUCUGACAGUCAGCGAGCAGGAGAUGUUUGUAGACUUUGACUACAUUGCUGACUGGUGUUAACGCAGAUCCUCAAUAACCCUGUUCAAACAUGCUCAACACUGAACCAACCGAACAACUCCCUCUCUGUAGGACAUAUUGGAAAAGAAACUGCUUUCCGUCUAUGCUCUUAUUGUGCCAUUUAAGGGAUUGGCAAUAACCUGUUUUAAGAAACAAUAAUUUUUGGGGAUUUUCUACACAACUGAAGAACUGAACCUGACUAAGACAUAAAAUUACAAAUUCUUCACUCCGUAAAAGGAGCAUCUUACAAGACGAGUAAGCUCAAGAAGAGUUCCCUUCAAUGCCUUAAAUUCUUUACAUGGCUUCCAAACAAACUAUCAGAUACAGAAAACCUUCCAAAGCAUUCCUGCCAAAUGUUGUUAAAAAAGACCUUAACCAAGAGCACAGAUAAAUAAACUUGAAUUUUAUCAAGGAAAAAUGAGAGAAAGUUGCGAUUUAAUCGAUCUUUUGAGAAUUUCACUUUUAUAAAAGUAUCAUUCCUCUCUAAUCAUCAAAAGAAAUGUAAUUUAUAGUUUUGUACUGUAUUUUUAGAAUUGUAGCCAUUUGAAUCUACUGUUGUACACAUAAAUAUCAAUUGUAAGAUUAUCAUUUUGGAGAGGGGCAGCUCAAAAGUUGAGAACAAUUCUGAACUUUUCAAAUGGAAUGUAAAAAUGUAUAUUCAUCUAAACAAAAACAAAAAAUAUAUAUAUUUUUGGCAUGUGGUUAUGCCAAAGCUGGCUGUAUGUUUUAUUAGUUUACAUUUUCUAAGGAUAUUUGUAGUCUGUUCCAGAUCUUUGUAAUUUUGCAACGAUUUCUCACAAUUUAGCCAUUUUGUGGUUGUAUGUCAACAUUAAACCACCUUUAAUAGAAAUGGUUUCAUAUAUGUCUGUGAUGACCAUUCCUAUUUGUUCAACACAUUUGAUCCUACAGUGAACUCAUCCCUCUCUGAGGAAACUUAUGAUGGACUCCUGCCAACAAUUCCAUUCAAAUGUAUCAUGAAACCUUCCUCAAAUACAUUCUGUACACCAACUGA